CAAACAAACAAACACAAAGACAAGCCAAAUUUAUAUAUAGAUGUUGAGGAAAGUUGUGAAAUAAUACUACACUAGUCAUGCCCGAACAUUGAUACCAGAAAUAAAGAACAGAUGGAAUAUGUGUAUUCCAGAUUGGGAAGUUAUCCUAGAAGGAAGGGGAGAGGCGGGAAGGCUACAAGGUGUCAAAUCAAGUGAUCGCGUGACGAGAACGAGGAAGAGGUCGUCCUAAAGAGCCAGCUCGGGGUUAAAGGAGUUAAAGAGGUUCCCCGGCAGUAGAUGAGCGUCCUGCCCCAUAAUUUUGUUUUAUUUGAUUUUUGAAUUGUAUUUGUUCCUAUUUUGAAAUAUUUUUUUUGCAUAUUUGAUACAUUAAUACAAACUGAUAAAAACGUUUGAAUAUUUUAAGGGAUAAAAUUGUUAUUUCGAAGGGAAACUUGAAAGCAGAGCUAGUAACAGCAAAUAUGUUUUGGUAGCCAAAAAAAGGAGAAUGAUUUAAAAUAUACUCCUCCCCUCCCCCGCACCGCCUAUCCUACCCACCCCCCUCUGAGGUACGUCAUAACAUUUGUUUUGUUAUUACAUUUUUUAAAUAAUGUAUGCAAAGAGUGAGUCAUAUUGUAUUAAAUUUUCUCCGGGUUUCAAUGUGCAUAAAAUCCUAAGCUCAAAAUUUAUAAGAAUAUUUUAGGUUCUUUUUCAAUUUUAAUCCCUUCAAACAUAUUUUUAUGUUGAUUUAAUAUUUAUUGGCUGAUGUUUAUUCCAAUUUGACGUAUCUUACUUUAAAGUUCCAACAAAGCAGUAGAAUUAGGUGAACAAGUGUUCAUUUUAUCUUAGCUUCUUAAUUGACAACUUCAUUUUAAAAUAAAAUGUCCGGAAGUAUACAUCUUCUUCUUUCUCUUGUUGUCCUAGUUAUGAUAUUAGAUGUUUAUGGUGAUAAAGAUAUAAAGAGUUCGAUUGAUCAGAACAGUGGAGGGAGAGAAUUCGAGGAAUAUAAAGAUGAUAAACCUAAACAAGUAUCUAAAAUCAAAAAACGGUUAAAGAAUAAUAAGAACCAAAAGAAAGCGAACAGUAAUAUAGUUAACAAGAAAUACUCUUCUAAAAAUAGGAGGAAGAACUCCAUUAUAUCUAGGAACAAGAGCUCCACUGAAUCUAGAAAGAAAAACUCCACAAGAUCUAGAAAAAAGGGAUCUGCUAAAUCUCGAAAGAAAAAAACCAGUAAAACAAAAUUAAAAGUGACCAAAUCUUUAAAAAAACCGAAAUCUAAGAAGAAUUCGGAUCGGAAACAAAGGAGAAAAGAGAAGUUUGAUAAGUGGACUAAUACCCUGGAUGGAAUAUGGAAAAAUAUUAAACAGGAUAAGAGCUGUGAGUGCGGUCUACCUAAUCCUGGAAAAAAAGGAACAAGGAUUGUAAAUGGAGUUGAAGCAGCUCCUCACUCUCUUCCCUGGCAGAUAUCUAUGCAGGAUAAUACAGGAUUCUGGUAUUGCGGAGGCUCUGUCUUAUGUGAUGAAUGGAUUUUGACAGCAGCACAUUGUGUUCAUAGCAACGGCGUAACAGACGACCCGUCAACCGUGUUUAUAAGUAUCGGAGAUCAUGACGUAUCAGAUCCUAACGAUUCAAAAUCAGAAAUUAUGCCUGUCAGCAAAAUUAUCCCUCAUGAAAAGUAUGAUGAAGAUACAACAAACAAUGAUAUUGCGUUAAUUCGGUUAAAGAAAAAAAUUGACUUCAAAAAAUUCAAGGGUACAGUUCGACCGAUUUGUUUACCUGAAUCACCUAAGAGGUACUAUGGCGAAACUGUAAAGGUGUCUGGUUGGGGUCUUCUAUACGAUGGAGGGGAUGGCGGCAGCAAGGUACUUCGCGAAGUAGACGUCAGCGUAAUCCCCAUGAAGAGUUGUAGAGAGAAUUUUAAGUACAAAAGAGAAUGGAUUACAAAUAAAAUGCUAUGCGCAAAUGCACCAAAUCAAGAUUCUUGUCAGGGAGAUUCGGGGGGACCUCUUGUUCAUUUUAAUUCCAGUUCUGGUAAAUAUAGCCAGGUUGGUGUAGUAUCCUGGGGUAUAGGAUGUGCUGACCCCGAUUAUCCAGGAAUUUACACAAAGCUUUCAUUCUUCUUAAAGUGGAUCAUGAAGAAAGUCAAAUCUUGCACAUUCUGCUCUUCCUGAUUUGAUUUCAAAUUUAAAUUUUAAAUUAUGUAUCUAUGGAUAUUUAUUGAUUUCUCCAUUUAGCCAAUAUUAUUUAGAAUAGUAUAAAUAAAAUCUAUAUAUAUUAA